GCCCAAGCACAGCCCCCAUCAUCCAACUGGCACAGCCCCCAACAUCCAACUGGCACAGCCCCCUUCAUCCAACUGGCAGAGCCUCCAUUAUCCAACUGGCACAGCCCCCAUCAUCCAACUGGCACAGCCCCAAUCAUCCAACUGGCAAAGUCCCCAUCUUCCAGCUGGCACAGCCCCCAUCAUCAAACUGGCACAGCCCCCAUCAUCCAACUGGCACAGCCUCCAUCAUCCAACUGGCACAGCCCCCAUCAUCCAACUGGCACAGCCUCCAUUAUCCAACUGGCACAGCCCCAUCAUCCAACUGGCACAUCCCCAUCAUCCAGCUGGCACAGCCCCAUCAUCCAACUCAUCCAACUGGCACAGCCCCCAUCAUCCACUGGCAGCCCCCAUUAUCCAACUGGCACAGCCCCAUCAUCCAACUGGCACCCCCAUCAUCCAACUGGCACAGCCUCCAUUAUCCAACUCCAGCCCCAUCAUCCAACUGGCACAGCCCCCAUCAUCCAACUGGCACAGCCCCAUCAUCCAACUGGCACAGCCCCCAUCAUCCAACUGGCACAGCCCCAUCAUCCAACUGGCACAGCCCCCAUCCAACUCAUCCAACUGGCACAGCCCCAUCAUCCAACUGGCACAGCCCCAUUAUCCAACUGGCACAGCCCCCAUCAUCCAACUGGCACAGCCCCAUCAUCCACUGGCACAUCCAUCAUCCAACUGGCACAGCCCCAUCAUCCAACUGGCACAGCCCCCAUCAUCCAACUGGCACAGCCCCCAUUAUCCAACUGGCACAGCCCCCAUCAUCCAACUGCACAGCCACAUCCAACUGGCACAUCAUCCAACUGGCACAGCAUCCAACUCCCCAUCAUCCAACUGGCACAGCCCCCAUCCAACUGGCACAUCCAACUGGCACAGCCCCCAUCCCCAUCAUCCAACUGGCACAGCCCCAUCAUCCAACUGGCACCCAUCAUCCAACUGGCACAGCCCCAUCAUCCAACACAGGCAUCAUCCAGCACCCCAUCAUCCAACUGGCACAGCCCCAUCAUCCAACUGGCACAGCCCCCAUCAUCCAACUGGCACAGUCCCCAUCCAUCCAGCUGGCACAGCCACAGCCAUCAUCCAACUGGCACAGCCCCCAUCAUCCAUCUGGCAGCCCCAUCAUCCAACUGGCACAGCCCCCAUCAUCCAACUGGCACAGCCCCAUCAUCCAACUGGCACAGCCUCCAUCAUCCAACUGGCACAGCCCCCAUCAUCCAACUGGCACAUCCCCAUCAUCCAGCUGGCACAGCCCCCAUAUCCAACUGGCACAGCCCCAUCAUCCAACUGGCCAGCCCCCAUUCAUCCAACUGGCACAGCCCCCAUCAUCCAACUGGCACAGCCCCCAUCAUCCAACUGGCACAGCCUCCAUUAUCCAACUGGCACAGCCCCCAUCAUCCAACUGGCACAGCCUCCAUCAUCCAACUGGCACAGCCCCCAUCAUCCAACUGGCACAGCCCCCAUCAUCCAACUGGCACAGCCCCCAUCAUCCAACUGGCACAGCCCCCAUCAUCCAACUGGCACAGCCCCCAACUGGCACAGCCUCCAUCAUCCAACUGGCACAGCCCCCAUCAUCCAACUGGCACAGCCUCCAUCAUCCAACUGGCACAGCCCCAGCCCCAUCAUCCAACUGGCACAGCCCCAUCAUCCAACUGGCACAGCCCCCCCAUCAUCCAACUGGCACAGCCCCCAUCUUCCAACCACAGCCCCAUCAUCCAACUGGCACAGUCCCCAUCUUCCAGCUGACACAGCCCCCAUCAUCCAACUGGCACAGCCCCCCAUCCAGCUGGCACAGCCCCCAUCCAUCAUCCAGCACCCCAUUAUCCAACUGGCACAGCCCCAAUCAUCCAUCAUUCCAACUGGCACAGCCCCCAUCUUCCCACAUCUUCCAGCUGACACAGCCCCCAUCAUCCAACUGGCACAGCCCCCAUCUUCCAGCUGGCACAGCCCCCAUCUUCCAGCUGGCACAGCCCCCAUCAUCCAGCUGACACAGCCUCCAUCAUCCAGCUGA